AUGCUGAAGAGUUUGUUUGGAUAUGAAAGUCAUGUUCAGAUGGUCAGGGAUGUAUACAGGAAGGAUUGCAUAAGUGAAGAGAAGCUCUCAAAGUUGAUUACAUAUAUGAAGUCAAGAACUUCUUGCAUUCCGAGUGUUUUGGAUGAUCUGUGUGGGAAGAUUGAGGAGGAGAUGCAGAGCACGCACAGAUUAAAAACUGGAUCUAGAGUGCUACGCCUAAUUAUUGACCAGCUACGAGAUGUAUCGAUAUGUUAUGAGUCACGAAUGCUGAAGAUUUUUGUGGGGAUAGUCAAGAAGAUCUUGGUUCUGAAGAAGAUGGGGAUUUUUGAGUACUCUGACCACCAGGAGUUUCUUGAUGUUUUCAGGUAUUUUUUUGAGACGGUGCCAAUUAGGACACAUGAGAGUGAUAAGUACAUCAGGAAGAUUUUGUUUAUUGCAGCAAGUGUUACAAGGGCAACAGUUGAUUUGAAAGUUUCUUCAAGACAUAAUGAGGAAUUGUUAGUCUUUCUGAGUGAUGAUGGGAUGGAUGAUGGCAGAGAGAUGGAUGGCUAUAGCGAAGACUCAGAAGAGAGUAACAUAAUUGGACUAUCUGAGGAGACGGGCAGUGAAGAGAUGUCUGGAAUGAAGUUUGAGUAUUUAUUUCUGGAGGUGAUUCAUUCGCUGAUGUCAGUGGAGAAUGUGUUGAGGGCAGGAUAUAACGAAAAGUACAGAUGGCUUGUGAAUUCGUUGAUGAAACCUGGUGAGGUUAAUGAUGCAAAGAAGAUGGAGAUACUUGAGAUGGUUGGGCAGAAGGCAAAUGAGAUAGGUGGAAGCAGCUUCGUGUAUUAUGUGCUCAGAUAUGGAAGUGUUAUGAAAAGGUCGUGCCUGGAUAUUCUUACUAGGUGCCUUGAGUCCAAUUUGUAUCCACAAGUGAUUUUACAGGCAAAUGUUAACAUUCUGGAGCAGAAGAGGCGAGUUGAGGAACGAAAUGAGAUUUAUGAAUGUGAGUUUUUGGUUAGAGAGGUGGUUGGGUUUCUGAGUGGGCAUGAAAUAGUGCAUCUUGACCAGAAGGAGAUAGUGUGGAGUUUGCUCCAUGUCUUGAGGAUGUUUUUUUCGAAUGGAUACCAACCUGAGUUUGAGUUUGUGAUUUUGUAUGUAAGAGUGUAUUUUGAGAAAUGCAUGCGGAUAUCAGAUGUUUUCUAUGGAUUUCUGAAGAAGAUGUAUGAGGGAGAUGGAUUGUGUACGGCUGACCUACGUGGAGUAAUACUUUCUGAGAUUGAAAGAUAUCUCCUAAGGAAUUCUGGUUGUAUUUUUGAUGCUAGGUUUGUGAGUUAUCUGUUAAGCCCGCCUACAAAUGAUGCAAUGCCAGCUCAUUGCAGGAUUCUUUAUUUGUCAAGAGAUGGUUUCAUGCGCAUGGCUGCAAAGCCUCUGAUGCGCGAAAAGAUUAUGGGAAAGCUAAGGUUGUUGCUUUAUCGAAGUGGGAGUGUGGAUGCUCAUAAUCUCGUGGUUGAGAUUGUGAGGAGUGAAGUGUUUCGAAGUGAUAGAUACAAGAUGCUGUGCUUGAUGAACGAAAGGAGAAUGCUGAGUGAAGUGUGGAUGAGAGAUGUGUAUAUAGAGAAUUAUAUUGAGAUUAAUGAAAUGAUUGAUAAGGAAUGUGGAGGUAGGUAUUUAGAGGAGUAUGAUUUUGAAGAGGAUCGAAUGAUUUAUGAGGAAUGUUUGGCAAAACCUAAUCAACGCUGUGAGAAUGUUUGCAAAGGAAGAAGGAAGUCUAGGAUUUCAUUGAUUGACUAUGAAAAUCAUUUCCGAUGA